AUGUCCUCAGUCGAAGAAAAAGAGCCGAUUAUUCAAGCUUUUCAAAGGUUUUUAGAAAUUGAAAGAGAAGUCCAAGGUAAGUUUCAAGCGUUUAUCCAGAAUUUUGAAGAGGAAAUGCAUGAGUUUUUUCAAGAGCAUUUGCUGCCUUUAUCUGGUGUUAAAUUUGUGACGACGAAAAUAGAAAAACUGAAACCUGAGCCUUUGCAGCUUCCUGUGAAGCGGCCAAAAGAGCAUGCUCUAUUUAAAAAACCUCAAAUCCCAGUCAAAAAAGGGGAAAAUGAGCUGAGUUCCCAUAUGGAACUCAUAAAAACCAGAGUCCGCGACCUGUAUGAAAAAAAUAUUUCACCCUCUUUAAUUUCCAAACUUUUUAACCUUUCCCUAGAGCUCGUCCAUUCCUUAGGCGACUGAAAGCAAGUCCCUUCAGAAAUUGCUUCAAAAAUGAUAGAAAUGAAAAACGACUGUAUAAAACUGCGAGACAAAGGCUCCAGCUUAAAAGAUAUAAGCAAAGCUAUGAGAAUUCCAAAGAAAAAAGUAUUGAUUUUAUAUGGAGAAAUAACACCUAAUGAUUUAUUGAAGUCAGCUGAGUCCAAAAAAGUCAUUGUAAAAAAAAUCGCAGAAGGGGUCAGUAAGGUGGCACUAUCCCAGGAACUAGGGAUGCCAGUUUAUAAGAUACAGAAUUGGCUAGAUAAGGUAGCUAAUGGAAGAGAGCUAAGCGAUGAGGAUUCUAUACAUUCAGAAGGAGAGUUUCAGAGAGACACCAUUAGAAAUUCCAUUUUUUACUACUACCAAACUAAUAACAAAGACCUUGCUGCAUCAAUUUGUAACACAAAACCAGAAAAAGUAGCAAGAUGGGUGGAUAGGUUUGAAAACGGGGCGGACCCAGAAGCUUUGAGAUUUAAAAAACCAGUGAAUGUGCAAGAGCAGAAAGAAAUACAUACAAAUUCUCUAAUUGCGGAUUUUUUGAAGAGAAUUAAUUAA